GUCGAUGGAGUGAGACUCUGUCUCAAUAAAUAAAUAAAUAAAUAAGUAAAUAAAUAAAUCCAACAGUCUCAUAUAUUUUGAAAUGAGACCACAUUAAAGAAAGGACGCUCUUGGGAUCAUGGAUAUUUGUGGGCUCUACAUGGGAUUGGGUGAGUCGUGUGGUGGUGACCCUUAGCUCGGAGGAGACUUCUACUGGGCUGCAAGUGAAAAUGCCUGCAGGAGCCAGGCUGGAUGCAAGGCUUAAGAAGUAGUGGGGACCAGGAGACAUGUCUUCAGGAGCAUCUCCCCAGCUCCAGUGAGUUAUUCCCCAGUGGAAACAUGGAGCAUGUCUUGCAGAUCUUUUAUUCAUUCAAGUAAUUCUGCAAAUCCAUUUUAAGAAAUGUAACACUUGAUUUUUAAAACCUGUAUGGGUGGCCAUUUUGUAACCUUUGGCUAUGGAAGACCAGGGAGCUAGUGACGUUGUAAUUUGCAAGGAGGCCAUGGGGGUCAUUUGGUAAUGAUGUGCUGGACUCCUUCAACUUCUCCCUCCCUCUCAACUGUCAAGAGAGAAGGGUUCAGGGCUUUUGGUUACCCAGGGGAGAUACUUAUCUCCUCUGAACUUCCCCCCACGCAAAUAAUCUCCUUCAAUAGUGGUCCUAGAAUUCCAUCCCUGAGAAGCAUCCUCUCAACCCUCCCAUUAUGUUGAGAUAUAUAUUUAAAUUAUUAUGGAAAUGGCUAUUAUAAAUGGCAUAGAUAGUUUAUAUUUUUAAGCCUUUGUAAAGCAUUUUGGUCUCAUGACAUUCCUGCACAUCAAGAAUCCCUGGUGGUUAUCGAACUUUUAUGUGCAGGUAGGCUCCCCUUGAGAAGAAUAACAAGUAAAUUCAAAAGAGAGGCUGAGAAUCAACUAUUCUCAGCACAAAUAAAUUUUUCUGAUUACAAAAGUUUCCAUCACAAUGUUUUUGUUGAAUUUAUGAUAGGGUUUAGUUCAUAAAUCAAUUUGAUCUACACAUAAUUUUCAAGAAAGCAUCUGCAGCAUAAAUUGAGGUGCAACUGCACUUCAUACCACUUUUUUUCUCCUUUUGUUUCUCAUUUUCCACUUUGUUCUGUCUGUGUCCUAUCUCCUUUGUUCUAUCUGUCUUUGUUCUAUCUCCAUGUUUUCAUUCGGCAGCUCCUGGAGACUUCAUGGCAAACCAACAUAUUGAAUGCAGGAAAUUCCAGGGUGGCCAAGAAUAUUCUCCAGAAAUCCCAAUAGAAUCCUGCCAGAAUUUCUACAAAGAUUUCACAUUACAGAUCGACAUGGCUUUCAACGUGUUCUUCCUUCUCUACUUUGGCUUGCGGUUUAUUGCAGCCAACGAUAAAUUGUGGUUCUGGCUGGAAGUGAACUCUGUAGUGGAUUUCUUCACUGUGCCCCCCGUGUUUGUGUCUGUGUACUUAAACAGAAGUUGGCUUGGUUUGAGAUUUUUAAGAGCUCUGAGACUGAUACAGUUUUCAGAAAUUUUGCAGUUUCUGAAUAUUCUUAAAACAAGUAAUUCCAUCAAGCUGGUGAAUCUGCUCUCCAUAUUUAUCAGCACGUGGCUGACUGCAGCCGGGUUCAUCCAUUUGGUGGAGAAUUCAGGGGACCCAUGGGAAAAUUUCCAAAACAACCAGGCUCUCACCUACUGGGAAUGUGUCUAUUUACUCAUGGUCACAAUGUCCACCGUUGGUUAUGGGGAUGUUUAUGCAAAAACCACACUUGGGCGCCUCUUCAUGGUCUUCUUCAUCCUCGGGGGACUGGCCAUGUUUGCCAGCUACGUCCCUGAAAUCAUAGAGUUAAUAGGAAACCGCAAGAAAUACGGGGGCUCCUAUAGUGCGGUUAGUGGAAGAAAGCACAUUGUGGUCUGCGGACACAUCACUCUGGAGAGUGUUUCCAACUUCCUGAAGGACUUUCUGCACAAGGACCGGGACGACGUCAAUGUGGAGAUCGUUUUUCUUCACAACAUCUCCCCCAACCUGGAGCUUGAAGCUCUGUUCAAACGACAUUUUACUCAGGUGGAAUUUUAUCAGGGUUCCGUCCUCAAUCCACAUGAUCUUGCAAGAGUCAAGAUAGAGUCAGCAGAUGCAUGCCUGAUCCUUGCCAACAAGUACUGCGCUGACCCGGAUGCGGAGGAUGCCUCGAACAUCAUGAGAGUAAUCUCCAUAAAGAACUACCAUCCGAAGAUAAGAAUCAUCACUCAAAUGCUGCAGUAUCACAACAAGGCCCAUCUGCUAAACAUCCCGAGCUGGAAUUGGAAAGAAGGUGAUGACGCAAUCUGCCUCGCAGAGUUGAAGUUGGGCUUCAUAGCCCAGAGCUGCCUGGCUCAAGGCCUCUCCACCAUGCUUGCCAACCUCUUCUCCAUGAGGUCAUUCAUAAAGAUUGAGGAAGACACGUGGCAGAAAUACUACUUGGAAGGAGUCUCAAAUGAAAUGUACACAGAAUAUCUCUCCAGUGCCUUCGUGGGUCUGUCCUUCCCUACUGUUUGUGAGCUGUGUUUUGUGAAGCUCAAGCUCCUAAUGAUAGCCAUUGAGUACAAGUCUGCCAACCGAGAGAGCCGUAUAUUAAUUAAUCCUGGAAACCAUCUUAAGAUCCAAGAAGGUACUUUAGGAUUUUUCAUCGCAAGUGAUGCCAAAGAAGUUAAAAGGGCAUUUUUUUACUGCAAGGCCUGUCAUGAUGACAUCACAGAUCCCAAAAGAAUAAAAAAAUGUGGCUGCAAACGGCUCAAGGUUGCAGCUAGAUCACGCUAUUCCAAAGAUCCAUUUGAGUUCAAGAAGGAGACUCCCAAUUCUCGGCUUGUGACCGAGCCAGUUGAAGAUGAGCAGCCAUCAACACUAUCACCAAAAAAAAAGCAACGGAAUGGAGGCAUGCGGAACUCACCCAACACCUCGCCUAAGCUGAUGAGGCAUGACCCCUUGUUAAUUCCUGGCAAUGAUCAGAUUGACAACAUGGACUCCAAUGUGAAGAAGUACGACUCUACUGGGAUGUUUCACUGGUGUGCACCCAAGGAGAUAGAGAAAGUCAUCCUGACUCGAAGUGAAGCUGCCAUGACCGUCCUGAGUGGCCAUGUCGUGGUCUGCAUCUUUGGCGAUGUCAGCUCAGCCCUGAUCGGCCUCCGGAACCUGGUGAUGCCGCUCCGUGCCAGCAACUUUCAUUACCAUGAGCUCAAGCACAUUGUGUUUGUGGGCUCUAUUGAGUACCUCAAGCGGGAAUGGGAGACGCUUCAUAACUUCCCCAAAGUGUCCAUAUUGCCUGGUACGCCAUUAAGUCGGGCUGAUUUAAGGGCUGUCAACAUCAACCUCUGUGACAUGUGCGUUAUCCUGUCAGCCAAUCAGAAUAAUAUUGAUGAUACUUCGCUGCAGGACAAGGAAUGCAUCUUGGCGUCACUCAACAUCAAAUCUAUGCAGUUUGAUGACAGCAUUGGGGUCUUGCAGGCUAAUUCCCAAGGGUUCACACCUCCAGGAAUGGAUAGAUCCUCUCCAGAUAACAGCCCAGUGCACGGGAUGUUACGUCAACCAUCCAUCACAACUGGGGUCAACAUCCCCAUCAUCACUGAACUAGUGAACGAUACUAAUGUUCAGUUUUUGGACCAAGACGAUGAUGAUGACCCUGAUACAGAACUGUACCUCACGCAGCCCUUUGCCUGUGGGACAGCAUUUGCCGUCAGUGUCCUGGACUCACUCAUGAGCGCGACAUACUUCAAUGACAAUAUCCUCACCCUGAUACGGACCCUGGUGACCGGAGGAGCCACGCCGGAGCUGGAGGCUCUGAUUGCUGAGGAGAACGCCCUUAGAGGUGGCUACAGCACCCCGCAGACACUGGCCAAUAGGGACCGCUGCCGCGUGGCCCAGUUAGCUCUGCUCGAUGGGCCAUUUGCGGACUUAGGGGAUGGUGGUUGUUAUGGUGAUCUGUUCUGCAAAGCUCUGAAAACAUAUAAUAUGCUUUGUUUUGGAAUUUACCGGCUGAGAGAUGCUCACCUCAGCACCCCCAGUCAGUGCACAAAGAGGUAUGUCAUCACCAACCCGCCCUAUGAGUUUGAGCUCGUGCCGACGGACCUGAUCUUCUGCUUAAUGCAGUUUGACCACAAUGCCGGCCAGUCCCGGGCCAGCCUGUCCCAUUCCUCCCACUCGUCGCAGUCCUCCAGCAAGAAGAGCUCCUCUGUUCACUCCAUCCCAUCCACAGCAAACCGACAGAACCGGCCCAAGUCCAGGGAGUCCCGGGACAAACAGAAAAAAGAAAUGGUUUACAGAUGAACCGGAUAAUGCCUAUCCCAGAAACAUUCAAAUCAAGCCCAUGAGUACCCACAUGGCUAACCAGAUCAACCAAUAUAAAUCCACAAGCAGCUUGAUUCCACCAAUCAGAGAAGUUGAAGAUGAAUGUUGACUCCCAGGAGACCAGAACUAUUUUUUUAAAGCCUGACAAACUUCAUAAAUGGUGAUGUGACUUUUCUUCUUACAUGCUGAAUCACUGGUGGAAACGUUAGGAUAAGCAAGAAUUGCCAGAAAAUAAAGUAGACAGAUCUUUCUCUUUGUCUGCCUUGAAUAUUGCUUCCAUGUAUUUUGGAAAAGAAAAUGAUUUCAUUUAUAAAUGAACAUACUAAAAUAGUCAUGUAUAGCCUCUAGCAUUUUAAAUUAUUUUUAUUUAUUAGAAAGAAAAUAUAUUUUUUCUUUUCAUUGUCAAAUAUCUUCCCUAUAUCUAAACAAUGCAAAAUCUAAAUGAAUAAGUGGUCAGACUCCUUAAUGUGUUUUUCUCUUCUUUCUCUCUUUUUCUUUGAGGAGAAUGAUGGUCACCACCACAAUUAAUUGUAAUUAAGGGAAAUGAAUUAUUAAAACAAUUUUAAAAUGGCCAACGAUGUAUACAUGUAUUUUAGUAAAUCCAAAAAAGAAGACUAAGGGGACAGGUGAAUACCUGCUCCUCGCCUGGAUGGGUGUGUAUUUUGAUCUGCAUUAAUACACCAGCUCUUAAUAAAUGGAAACUUAUUUAUUUUCACAGUUGAAAGUCAUAUUUUUGUAGUUUUAGUUUUCAUUCUGUAGUUCUCACCCCUUUGUUCAUAUUUUUAAAGGGAAGACCUUCUGCUGCUUUUCUACAAUUGGCAGAUCAGGUUUGUCUGGCCAACUAAGGACACCAGGAGGGUUGUGGGCACACCUGGGAUGUGGAAGCUGAGGACCAGAUGCACACAAGGCAUUGCUCUGUUUGCUGUUCUAGUGGUGGAGACUCCUACGUGCUGUUAUGCUUCUCAUGUUAUAUUUCCAAACCACCUGAGCGAGUAAUGUCAACUUCGGGAGGGUCUGGUGGACUUUCUCCCCACUCCCCAAGUCUCAGAGCUUUUAGCCUGGAAGUUUGUAAAACUGAUUAGUAGUUUUACUUUACCAUAGGAUGUGAGAGGGCAGUCAUUCUUCUCACUGAGUUUUUGUUUAAAAACCAGGAAAUUUCUACAAUCAUGGAGACAGAUUUUAAUUUGCAUGCUCUCCUUUAUUUUGUUGCUGGGGCCAAACACAUGAACUUGUUACAACAAUUUAAAAAUAAUAAUAACAAAAGGAAAGCAACGAAUGCACUUCAUAUAGACUGUUAGAAAAGGCCUUUGAAAAUUACCAGCAGUGAAAUCAAAUAAAUUAGCCACUUUAAACUGCGGUCAAAAGAUUUUUCUAGCCAUCAGAUGCAAUUACGAUGUCUCAGAGCUCUGCUGUCGCUUGCAUGCUCGGUGUACAGUCUCCUGGCAACUGUUUUGUUCCAAUCAACUUAGCAAGUCUUUCAACUUUAAAAUUAUCAAUCUUUGAUAUGAUCAUCAAGGUCUCUGGAGAAGCAUGGAUGUAAUAGUGAUUUCUAUUUUCUUAAAAAAUGUAAACUGUGGACACUUAAUGGAACCAAGCUAACCAAAGUAUCUCCCCGAAGUUUCAUGAUAUCUAGUCCAUUAACUCUUUGGGCCAUGACCUGUGGUACCUAGUUAUGGUAGUGCAAAUCAGAUCAGAGCAAAGCAAUGAGAUCAUCAUGAAGACAUAUGUCCACUAAGUACUCCAAUUACCAACGUAGGCAAAAUGAGCUUCCACCUCUGUCCACUCCCUGCAGAGCCAAUAUAGUCGUGCUUCCACCUCGUAGGCAUUGUCCUGCAGUGACUUGUCGGACUGUGGUUACUCUGUCGUCACAUUUUGUAGAAUUAGUUCUAUAAAAGUAUCGUGAAUACAAUGUAUGUCCAAUUGGAUUGUUUAAAAACUACUUAUAAUUAAUCACUAGCCUACUCAGCAGACUAAAAUGAUGUCAACAGUCUAUAUUCAGGCUUAGAAACAUUUCUUGGUUUCCAACAGAAGUCAAAUGUGUUUGUGGGGAGAACGUUUUGCUAGGAUUUUGACAACUUUCCUGAAAGCUAGGCCUUCUUUUACAUAACGAUUUUGCAUUGGGGUCACCUUAGUAUAUUCACGUCAAUCCACGCUCUUCUUUCCUUUGUGAACCAUAGUGGGCUCUUCACUCCUGCUCGUAAUAACCACCUCCAAAUUUGUUAGAGUGAUUUGGUCUCCUCUGGCAGGCUGUGGUGGCCACAUAAAGGAUCUUCCAUUAGAGGGACACAGGACACAAAGCUCCAUUCCCAUGACCCUCUCUUCCCUGUGUCACCCCUACCAAGGCAAUCUGGAAGCAGAAAUGCAAACUCCAGCCCCACCACACAUCCACUGAUGCAUUUGUGGCUAGAAAUUUUAAUCUAAAUUUUUAAAAAAAAAAAAAUCAUAAUAGUUAGGAUAGUUUCCUAUAGCAAAGGGCUCCUUGAUUCAUAAGCACCUCCCCCCCAAAAAAACCAAAUUGGUAGAAAUUCAUUUUCUUUUAAGUAGAGCAAUAAGUUCAUACUGUGUUGCCGUCGUAAUAAUGAAUUGUUCUGGACCAGAAAACAAAAUGAGGCAUUUUGUUAAGGGGGUAGGAAAAUGACUAGUUGUUGGGCCCUUUGGCAAAAGCUGGUGCCUGGUAAGUAGAAGCGAAAUGGAAACAGAAAUAACAUUUGUGAAAUCACUGGAGGGCUCAAGCAAAUGCCAGAGCUUCUCCCUGGCUUGUUCCUACUUGUUGAGCUCUUUGGCCCUGAGUCCCAUCCAUCUCCACUGCAACAGUCUGUCUUUCUGCCUACAUCUGCCUGAGACCAAGGAGGGUCUUUGGUACAGUCCACAUUAUGAGGCUCUGAUUUCCUAUCCUAGUUUAGGGCUCCAGAAAAGCCAUUCUCCCAAACUAAUGAUUCUUGGGUGCUGUGGGUCACCAACAGGCUGUUUACAAAGCAGAAAAUAUCAUCACCAUCAUAACCUUUCUCCUUGAGAAAACUUUUAUUUUUGUCUAAGCAAUUUUAUAUUUUAGAAUAUCAUCUUGAACCAUUAUAAAACACCUUAAAUAAAAGUGAUUGUGACUAAGGCGCGUUGGAGAACAUUCCAAUCUUUCCUCCCAAGGGUUCUGGCACCUUAUGACGUACUUUGUAAAAUAAUUGAUUGAAGAUUUUAAAUAAACAGGAAAUUAGAAGUGUUUGUUAGGGUUAGAUAAAGGAAAAGUGAAAAAGCGUAAGAAAUUUGGGACUUUUUCAUGUUGAAAGGAGAAAAAGCACAAGUUCCCUAGUUACCAUUUAAUAUGAGGGUGCAAGAGCCACAUUUACAAACAACAAACUUGAUCUUUAAAAAUGUUUUCAAAACUCUCUGAGUCUCAGUGACUUCAUUUGUAAAUGAGAGUGAUUCAUCUAGAUGACUCUAAGGUCUCUUUCAGGUCCCAGGGGACGUGAUCUAAGUUAGGAGUGGGAACAUGGGAGUGGCUGCUUCUCCUUGGCUAAGCCCAUGCAGACUAUUGUGUCCAGGACUGGAAUAAAGGUCCUUUUUGCUGCAUCACCCAGGCAACACUCCCAGCCUUACUCAGGAGUGGUGAACAUUUUCUGCUCUGGACAUAGAAUAGGUAGGUUCAUUCCUGGUCUUUUCACUUUAGAUUCUCUUUAGGUUCAAGAUGCAAAUUUCUCAAUUCGGACACACCUGCAUCAUGUUGGUCAAAUUUUGCUGCCUGUUUCUAGGGUUUUCUUCUCAGUUUCAUCCCUGCCUUCCCUUUUUUGUUGUUGUUUUUUUUUUGGUUCAAGGCCCAGCUUCAGUUAAUCCCUUCAUCUCUAUGCCAUGUCUCCAAUUCCUAGUAUGUAACUAGAGGUUCAAGAGACCCCAAAUUCCUGCCAUUUUCCCCAUUUAUGUUUCCCCAUGUGAAUCUUCAGGAAGUAACCAGUCUUCCUUCUCACUUCAUUUCCUGUCCUCUGUUUAUUUGGUUAUUUUCUUUCGUUAAUAAACUAACCAUCUCUUAGCUACUUACAUUCACAAAUGUAAUUUUAAUCUAUUGUGUUUUAUUGUGAAAGAGAAUCUCAUUGAAGGAAGGAAGGAAGAAAUUGAGGAAUAAAGGUAGGAAGGGAGAGAAACAAAGACUAUCCAACCAAUUGACUGAGAUGUGAGCCGGCUUGACUCCUAGGAGACUAAGUAGAUCCAUUCAGCUUGAACACUGAGUUCCAGGGCAGAAUCUGUCCAUUUUCUGUUUUGUUCUUACUUGCUGCUUUUGGAAUGGUGGUAAAGCCACCAGUCACCAUGAGCCUUGAAAGGACCCUCACUAAUGAGGACUUGACUCACCCUCUUUAAAAAGCAAAAGAAACAGAAUUUACUUACAGUCUUCUGGUAAAUUACCUUUCUGAUCCUCUCCUUAUUCCCAAAAGGCAAUUUUUUUAAUCCAGCAGAGAUGAUUUAGCAUAUAAAUCCCAGGUCAUUUGAGGAGGUGAUGACGCUAUUUGGAUUUAUUUAUGAGACAGUAGUAAUUAUAAAUGAUUCCUAGGCAGUUUGUACUAGUUUGGUCAUAUUGGUUGUUUAAGUGGAGUCUCUCCUGAUUGGUUGUUUCCAAUAAAGUAUCAGUUGUUAAUAAUUUCAAGAUUUCCAUAAAAAUAAGGAAACUUGGAAAACAUUUUUAAUUUUAUUUCUUAAGAGACCACAGAGCCUAAUUUUCAAUUUUUAUGGUAAGCUUGCUUAAAACAUGUAUAAAAAGAAGCCUACAUGCUCAAAGGCAGAGGCACCUUUAGCCCUACAACAGUUGGAAGCUCCAUGAUAUCACAGCCCCACAUGGAUAGAUUGGAGAAAGAAUUCUGACUUAGACCACCUGUAGCAGACCUUCCUCUUUUGGCAUAUUUUUUUAAUCACAAAAAGGACCUGAGACUCCCUAUCUAAAGAUAAGCCAAACUUGGGGUAUACAUUAAGAAUCUGGGAAGAAAGAAAAAAAAGAAAAAGAUAUAAUAAGCAGUAUUUUAAAAUACCAUGAGUUAUGGGCAUGCAUAUGGUACAAAGAGUAGUUCUUUGGGUUGAAAGAAAGAA